CAUACCUAUCCAGCUGAGGUUUAUCUGCGCAGCACGGUCAUCACUGACGGUAAUCAUUUUAAUACUGGAUCUCUGAUGCAAAGAUGGUGGAUGAAGGGGAUAGCAGAGAUCUAGACCCUUCACAAAUUGCCAUCAUCCAUGAAGUGUACGACAGUGAAAAUGCGCACGAAACCUUUGAACUUGAACUGGAAAGAGCACUGGAAGCUGGAUGCAGCAUAAUUGUCAUUGAACCUUCAAGGCUAGGAGAUGAAACAGCCCGCUGGAUAGCUGUUGGGAACUGUUUACGGAAGACAGCUGUUUUGUCCAGUAUAUGUUCAAUAGGGGCAGGUUUCUUAUGGCCUGACCGGCCUUGUGCCUAUGCACCACUGACAGCAGUGUCCCUACUUUGCACUGGUCUGUAUGCUGUGUCAUGGCAACUGGACCCGUGCUGUCAGUACCAAGUAGAGCGGGACCGCCGGCGCCUGCCACGGCGCCUCCCUCCAUCUUGCACACAGGCUUCUGCAGUUGUACUGGUGCGCCGACCCAGCAUGCGGUUUCAGCUGCUCCAUGUUGGUGUGUCAUUUGUGGCUACAGCUUUCUGGGGUUGGAGGCUUUACCGUGCUUUGAAGUGACAUAACUGAAAGAGAUCUUGUAGGGAUGUAAUCAUGGUGCCUCGUGGCGGUGUGUUGUUGAGCUGCCGACUAGAAAUCCCUUUGUAGUAUGUACGGUGGGGAUUUAGCACUGGAGGAAUUUAUAUUAGUAAAGAUUUUCUUGUAAUGCGGUUGUUUGAAGCACUGUUUUUAGUGCUCGCACUGCAUCUCAUGUUCGUCAGUGUCAAUUUGGAGACUGAGCCAGUGGGGACUAGCAAUCAUUGUACUGAGCACUGGAUAAAAAAUCUAAGGACACAGUGCUCUUAUGCUAUGUUGUGUACUUACUGCAUAUGAAAGAAGGAAAACAAUAGCUUUACAAUAAUUUGGUCUGCUGUAUAUUGUUGAUAUACUUUCUAUUUCGUAAUCCUUAUCUCGUUACAUGCAAGCCUCUCGAUUGCUUGCUUUUUCAGUUUGCAUAUAUAUCAUACACCCAUUGAAAGUUCCUUUUUGUAAUUAACAUUUGUAAAAAAUAUUAAUUUUGACUGUCCAGUUAAUUACAAAGAAUAAAUGUAAUUAAUAGGAACUGUUUUUAUUGGUUUUAAUUGGUGCAGGUUUUUUGUGCUAGUCUCCUCUGUUUCUGCAUAUGACAUUUCUUGGUAUUGAGCUUGUGCCCAGCAGUUAUAUCAUUAUGAGAUGCAAUAUUUCUUGUCUUCAGGCAUAAAAUUGUUACUAAAAAUCCUAUGUUUUGUUAGCUGCUCAGAGCUGUCUUGUAAAUCAGGCUUGAGAGAAGGUAUAGGUAAUUGCAGUUGUAAGACAAGGGGCAGAUGUUACGAUCACACUUACUCAAGUCCAAGUUAGGCCCACUUUAAAACUACUAUUGUAUAAAUAUGAUUUUAUAUUAAAUGUAUAAACUGUUUUGUUUUCUCACAUAAGUUCAGUCAAACUUAUGUCGAAGAAAUUUAUUGUUAAUAAUGUGACAAAUUCUCGAGUACUAUUAUUAUUAUUUUCUUUUACUUUUACAUGUGGAUGUUUAUGAAAGAUAAUAUACAGCUUUUUUAUAUUCGACAAAUGUACAAAAGUGUGUUAUGAGGUCACAUAUUUUGUGCAAAUGAUCUGAAGAUUUUGGUAAACCAAAGUGUAGUACAGCAUUAGUAUGAAAAGAAUUUUAUUUGUUAAGACUGUAAUGACUGAUGAGAUGUUCGUCAUAUUGUGGCAGGCAUUGUUAUAAAAGGUUUGCUCAAUAAACUAAACCUGAUGAAAUGAA